AAUUUCUCCUUGUUGACUUUGCGCUGUCCCGACCGAAGUCGAUGCGAAAACCGCGUGGUGGCUUCCUCUACAAAUCAUAUACUGCCGCUGCAAAGUGGCGGCAGAAGCAGAGACGUACGCCAAACUUUUUAGAGAGAGAAAGCCGCACGGUUACAUAUUUCAGAGCGUUUCUCACUAGAUUUUGAUUCCUCGGCCAAAUGGGAAACGUUUUCUGCCUUUGCUUCCGGCCGCACAGCACCAUAUCAAAUUUCGAUGACUCGUUAGACGCAGAGAAUGUGGGGAGAGACCAAGUGUACUCUCUGUCUCCGGUGCCGGGGUUCAGUGAGUUCAGCCUGCACCAGCUGAGAGCUGCCACGUUGCAGUUCUCGUCGGAGAAAGUUGUCUCCAAGCAUGGCGAGAAUGCUCCGAAUGUGGUCUACAAAGGCAAGCUCCAAGACGGCCGCUGCAUCGCCGUUAAGCGUUUCAGCUGCUCCGCUUGGCCCGAUUCCCGCCAAUUUCUGGAGAAAGCUAGAGCUGUGGGGCGGCUGAGGAACAAGCGUUUGGCGAAUCUGAUCGGGUUCUGCUGUGAAGGGGAUGAGAGAUUGCUUGUGGCAGAGUUCAUGCCUAAUGGUACUCUCUCCGAGCAUCUUUUCCAUUGCGAGAACCAGCCUAUGAAAUGGGCAAUGAGGUUGCGAGUGGCUUUGUACACGGCGCAAGCUUUGGCAUACUGCAGCAGUAAAGAGCGGGCAUCGUACCAUGAUCUUAAUACUUGCAAAGUCCUGUUUGAUCAGGAAUUAAAUCCCAGACUCUCCUGCUUUGGACUUAUGAAGAAUAUAAAAGAUGGCCAGAGUUAUAGUACCAACCUCGCUUUCAACCCUACCAAAUACGCGAAGAAAGGAAAAGUGAUACCAGAAGGUGUGGUUUACGGCUUUGGAACCCUAUUGCUUGAUCUGCUCAGUGGUAGACGUAUCCCACCAGCUCAUGCGCUUGACCUCAUACGCGAUAAAAGUUUGUUGAUGCUGUUGGACUCGUGCUUAGAAGGUCAUGUUUCAAAUGAUGACGGAACUGCGGUGGUGCAGUUAGCUUCACAAUGCUUGCAGUCUGAACCUCAUAAGAGGCCGAAUAUCAAUUCUCUUGUGACUUCCCUUGUCCCUCUUCAAAAAGAAAUUGAGGUUCCGUCAUAUGUUCUGAUGGGUACCCCCGAUGGAAAUGUGCCCCCAAAACCGAUAUUGCUGUCACCUCUAGCUGACGCUUGCACAAGAUUGGAUCUUACAGCAAUACAUGAGAUAUUGGUGAAAGUUAGAUACGAGGAUGAUGAAACUGGGCACGAACUUUCUUUCGACAUGUGGACAGAGCCAAUGAAGGAGGCAUUAGAUUUUAGGAAGAGGGGUGAUGCUGCAUUCAAAGAGAAAGACUUUGCCACCGCAAUAAGUUCUUAUACAGAAUACUUUGAUCGUGUGAAUGGGAAAUCGCCAACUAUGUUGGUUAGACGGUGCCUGUGUUACUUAAUGAGUAACAGGGCAGAAGAAGCUCUUCAAGAUGGUGAUGAAGCCCUAGCACUAAAGCGUGAAUGGCCAAACGCCUUCUAUCUUCAAGCGGCUGCCCUAAAGAGCCUAGGGAUGGACAAUGAUGCCGCGGAAAUUCUAAGUGUUGGCGCAUCCUUGGAAGUAAAGAAACUAGAUAAGCUGAGAAGUGAGUAGGUGUUUCCCGCUUCUUUCAUCUAAACCUGCAUCUAUUUUAUCGAUUCCCUCUUCGGCAUCUUAGUUUCUUCUGAUCUAGCAUGAAAGGAUUGGCCAUAAAAAUCAUUAUGAUGUAUAUUUUCAUUUAUUUUGAUCUGAAGCAUCCUGUGGCUAUGUAGAAAAAUUGUACUAAAAAAUUAGUUGUUAUUUCCUCUGCAGUAUAUGGUCAGAUGCUGAUGUUGUAUCUUGUAUAUAGAUUUUGAAUAUUUCAUUGUGUAAAAUAUCAUCCUGAUUAUAUUCAUUUUAA